UAACACGGCCGGCGAGUCCUUUUUCCCAUUUUCUUCUCUCCUCCAUAAUACAGAGAGAAAGAGAGAGAGAGAGAGAGAGAAGCACAGCGUUUUGGGCAACCGAUCAGGAAGACGGUCUUGGUGUUGUGGGUAGACGACUUGCAGGAAAAAAGAACAAAAAAAAAAAAAAAAAAAAAAAAAAUAGCAAACCUAGCUGCAGCAACGUCGUUGGUAGCCAAAGAUUUGCUGCAGGUUAUAAACAUGGCUUCUGCUUCUUCUUCUUCUUCUUCUUCUUCUCGAGAAAAGUAUGAUGUAUUUCUCAGUUUUAGGGGUGAGGACACCCGAGAUGGUUUUACUGAUUAUCUUUAUCAUGCUCUGGAUCUAAAGCAUAUCGUGACCUUCAAAGAUGAUGAGAACCUUGAAAGUGGCCAUAGAAUUUCUGAAAUCAUGGAGGCCAUUAAGGAAUCUAAGAUUUGCAUAAUAGUUUUCUCCAAAGACUUUGCAUCUUCCACAUGGUGUUUGGAUGAAGUGGUUCGCAUACUCGAAUGCAAGAGAAAUGGGAGUGCUGUUGUACCCAUUUUUUAUGGCAUAGAACCAUCUGUUGUACGAAAACAGCAGGAGGGUUAUGCAGAAGCAUUUGCUAAACAUGAACAAGACAGAAGGGAGAUGGUGCAGCAGUGGAGGGAUGCUCUUAAAGAAGUAGCUGAUAUCAGCGGUUAUGAUUCAAAAAACAUUAGGCCUGAGUACAGGUUUAUUGAAAAAAUUGUUGAAGAUAUUUUAUUGAAAUUGUCUAAAUACGUAUCAGCAAAUGAUCAUUUCAAGAGGCACUUGAUUGGAAUUGAAAAGCCUACGAAGGAAAUUGAAGGAUUGUUGUGCAUUGGCUCAAUGAAUGUUCGCAUCAUAGGCCUUUAUGGCAUGGGGGGCAUUGGAAAAACCACCCUUGCACGUGCUAUAUUUCAAACCUUCUAUUGUCAUUUCGAAAGUUGUUGCUUUCUUAACGAUGUUAGAGAAGAAUUUGAAAGACAUGGAAUAAAUCAUUUGAGAGAGAAACUUCUUUUUGAGCUGUUCAAAGAUAAAACUUCUCUAAACAUGGAAUCAACUGCUAUUCAAGACAGAUGCCGCCGUACAAAGGUCCUUAUUGUUUUAGAUGAUUUGAAUGCAAUAUUACAAUUAAACAGAUUAUUACCUAAAGGGUGUACCUUCGGUGAUGGAAGUAGAAUUAUUGUCACAACCAGAGAUGCCCAAGUGCUCAAGUUAAGGGCAGAUGAACUUUACGAGGUUAAGAGGUUAAAUGACUCUGACGCCCUUACGCUUUUUCGCUUGCAUGCUUUUGGUCAAAAUUCUGAUCUUCCAGGGUAUGAAGCUUUAUCAAAAAGUGCAGCAGAUUAUGCACAUGGCAAUCCAUUAGCUCUUGAAGUCUUGGGUUGUUCCCUUUACUCCAAAAGCAUAAAAGUAUGGGAAAGUGCAUUGGAUAAGUUGAAAACAGAUCCAGACAGGACCAUUCAAAAAGUGUUGAAAAUAAGUUAUGAUGGAUUAGAUGACGAAGCAAUCCAGGGCAUAUUUCUCGACAUUGCAUGCUUCUUCGAUGGUGAAGUUGACAGAGAAUAUGUGGAAAGCAUACUACACCGCAAUGAGCAACAUUCUGAUGCAACAGCAGGAAUCAGUGUUCUCAUUGAUAAAUCCUUAAUAAUUGAAUGCCAAAACAAAUUGUCCAUGCAUGCUUUACUACGACAAAUGGGUAAGGCUAUUGUUUGUGAUAAAAACAAAGAACCUGGAAAACGUAGUAGACUGUGGAAUGCUAAAGAUGUUAGCUAUGUAUUGGAAAGAAGUACGGGAACCUUUGAAGUUGAAGGUAUAUUAUUGAAUCUGUCUGAACUUAGAAAGGAUGUAAAAGUGGAGCCUAAAGCAUUCUCAAAGAUGUACCAUCUACGAUUUCUUAGAAUGCAUUGUGACGACAGAUUUUGCAAUGGAGAAAUAUUCUACGAGAAAGUAGGAUGGGGUCCAUACAAUAGAGAAGUGCGCCAACAAAUAUAUCUUCCUUAUGAAGGUUUAGAGUUUCCUUCUGAUGAGCUGAGAUAUCUUCAGUGGGAUUUAUACCCUUUAAAAGAUUUUCUAUCAAAUUUUAGUCCAGAAAAUCUUGUUGAACUUGUCAUGCGUGAUAGCCAACUUGUGGAGCUACAUUGGGAUGAAAAUCAGCCCGUUGAGAAGUUGAAGAAGAUGGAUCUUAGUUAUUCUGAGCACCUUAUUCAAAUACCAAACUUGUGUGGGGCUAUAAAUCUUGAAAGUAUAAAUCUUCAAGGGUGUAUAAGUUUGGUUCAGAUUCCUUCAUGCUUUAAGAAUCUGGACAAGCUUGAGCUACUAGAUUUGAGUGAUUGUGAGAAUCUGAAAGAUGGCAUGGAAAAUCUUCCAUUGAAUAUAAGGAAGUUGAAAUUGUGCAGGACAGCAAUAGAAGUAUUGCCCUCAUCAGUUAGGUUUCUUUUGGGUCUAUUAGAUUUGGAUAUGAGUGGAUGCAAUAAACUGAAAGAUGGGAUAGAAAAUCUUCCAUCGAAUUUAAAGGAGUUAAGACUCUGCGGGACAGCAAUACAAGUAGUGCCAUCAACAAUUGGGUGUCUCAUGGGUCUCUCACAUUUAGAUUUGUAUAAUUGCGAAAGACUUGAAAGUCUACCGGAAAGCAUUUGGAAGUUGGAAUCACUGGAAUGGCUGGAUCUUUCUAAUUGCCCAAAUCUGAUCGAGCUUGAGGAUUGUACAAGUUCAUCUCUUCGAUAUUUGAAAAUAAGUGGUUGUACGGGAUUGAGAUCAAUAAUUGCGCUUCCACCAUCUUUAACUUGUUUGGAUGCAAAUAACUGCACAUCGCUGGAGGAAAUAUCAAGUUGGUGGACCCCAACCGUACAAGAUUAUGACCCCCAAGUUCAACAUCGAAAUAAUAAAAGUGAAGGGGAAAUUUAUAAUUUUCAGCAAUGUCUAAAAUUGGGUCACGACACAUGUAUCAACGUUAUUGCUGAUGGUGCACGCCGUAGAAUUUUCUCUGCUCAGGAUGAUAUUUCAUAUCUGGAAAUGGUGUACCCAGGAAAUGUAAUCCCACAGUGGUUCAGCCAUCGAGCUCGUGGGGAAUCAUUUAUCCAGCUUUCUCGAAAUUGGCUUAAUACUGAUGAUUCCCGCUUCAAAUUUGUCUUUGGCGCUGUUUUUGCGUUUAAAAUUUCUGGGCCAGAAACUAAAAUCCGAUUCAGAUUCAAUUUCAAGACCAGCAUGGACAGUAGUGUCGGCGGUUCUUUCAAUUAUGAAGAUGUUUGCACGCUUCAAGUAAAUAACAGCUCAGAUCAUGUCUUAAUUAGGUAUGCGACUAUCGAUUUGAGGCAUGUAUUUGGGGUAAACUGGUUCUCUGUUUGUAGAAUGGUCACCGAGGCUUCUUUCCAUGUGUUUAUGGAGGUAGAAAAAAAAGGCAAUUGGAAGAUCAAAAAUCAUGGGCUCGAGGUUAUACACUGCCCUGCUUCAUUAGGUUUGCGGUUUAGGGACUUGGCUGCUUCACCAUCAUCAGCUUCUACUUAUCAAUAUAAGUAUGACGUGUAUAUCAGUUCCAGAAGUGUGGACAGCCGUUAUUGUUUUAUUGAACCUCUUUGUCGAGCUUUGGGCGAGCAUAUCAGGAUCUGCAAACAUGACGAAAACCCAAUAAGUGUCCAUAAGAUUCCAAAAAUUAUGGACACCAUUAAGGAAUCUAAGAUUUGCAUGAUAGUUUUCUCCAACAACUUUGCUUCUUUGACAUGGCGUUUGGAUGAGGUGGUUCGCAUACUUGAUUGCAAGAGAGAUUGGAAAGAUACCGUAAUACCCAUUUUUUAUGGCAUAGAUCCAUCCAUUGUACGCAAACAGGUUGGGAGAUAUGCGCAAGCAUUUAAUAAACAUGAACAGCAUUUCAAGGACACCAUGGACAAGGUGCAGCGAUGGAGGGAUGCUCUCAAGGAAGUGACCAAUCUCAGCGGCUAUGAUUCAAAGGAUUUUGGGGACAAAUACCAGUUGAUUGGUCGAAUUGUUGGAGAUGUCUUGGCGAAGGUGUUUACAAGCUUAUCAAUAAAUUAUUCGAAGCUGGGCUUGGUUGGAAUUCAAAUUCGGAUCACAAAAAUUGAAGGAUUAUUAGGCAAUAUUGGCUCAAUGGAUGUUCGUACUAUUGGUCUUUAUGGAAUUAGGGGUAUUGGAAAGACCACCCUUGCUAUGGCUGUAUUUCUAAAGUUAUACCGUCAUUUCUCAUGGCAUUGCUUUCUUUGCAAUGUUAGAGAAGAAUUUCAUUUGAGAGAGAAACUUGUUUCUGAAUUGUUCAAGGAAACAUACAAUCCAAGCAUGCAAUGGCCAAGUAUUCAAGACAGACUCCGACAUACAAAGGUCCUUAUUGUCUUGGAUGAUUUGGAUGAUGCGACAUCCCAAUUUGACAACUUAUUAUCUAUGUGCGAGUUUGGUAAUGGAAGUAGAAUCAUUGUAACUUCUAGAGAUAUGCAGGUGCUUAAGACAGUGACUGAUCAAGUUUAUGAGGUUGAGAGGUUAAAUGAUUUUGAAGCUCUUGAACUCUUCCACUUGCAUGCUUUUAAGCAAAAUUCUGGUAUUGCAAGAGAUUAUGCUACAUUAUCAGAAAAAAUGGCAAAUUACACCGAUGGUAAUCCAUUAGCUCUUAAAGUCUUGGGUUCUUCUCUUAGCUCCAAGACCAUAAGAGAUUGGGAAAGUGCAUUGGAGGAGCUGCAAAGUGAACCAAACAAAGACAUUGAAAAAGUAUUGAGAAUAAGUUUGACCAAUAGGGGAAAAAGACAAAAAAGGCUACACAGCCAUCCAGGAUGCAUUUCUUGACAUUGCAUGCUAUUUUUCAUGGUGAAGUUGAUAGAGAAUUUGUUGAAAGCAUAAUAGGUCGAGGUGGUGCUUUCAAAAAAAAUAAGUGAUCUUAUAAGUGAUGUUAUUGAUAAGUGCUUAACAAUUGCAGGUCAAAAUGGAAUGUCCAUGCAUUCUUUGAUACGAUAGAUGGGUCAGGCUAUUGUUUGUGAUGAAGGCAAAGAACACCCGGAAAUCGUACUAGGUUGUGGAAGGCUAAGGAAACUGUGACAAAAGAUUUGGUUGGAAAAGCAUACUGUUAAGGAAACUAGGAUUGUCUAGGCCGAACAAAAAGGAAUUGCGCAAAAUUAUAUAUCGUCCUCCUGAAGGUCUUGAAUCAUUUGAUUCUAAUAGGCUAAGAUAUUUUUAGUGGGAUUCAUACCUUUUUAAAGAUUUGCCGUCAGAUUUCAGGGUAGAGAAUGUUGUUGAACUUGUAAUGCGUGAGAGCCAACUAAUGGAGCUAUAAUGGGAUGAGGACCAGGUCCAUCUGAAGUUAAAGAAGUUGGAUCUUAGAUAUUCUGAGUACCUUAUUCAAUUACCAAACUUGAGUGGGGCUAUAAAUCUUGAACGUAUAAAUCUUGAGGGUUGCAAAAGUUUGGUUGAAAUUCCUUCAUUUUUUAAGGAUCUCAACAAGCUUAAGUAUCUAAAUCUGAGUGAUUGCGUCAAGCUGGAAGAUGGCAUAGAAAACAUUCCAUUGAGUAUAAGGGAUUUAAAAUUGCGUUGGACAGCAAUUAUAAGUCCACCGGAAAGCAUUUGGAAGAUGAAAUAUCUCAAGGAGCUGGAUCUUUCUCAUUGCCAAAAGCUGGAAAAGCUUCCAGAAAUCCCGGAGGAUUGUACAAAUUCAUCUCUUGGAUAGUUGAAUAUAACUGGUUGUGGGAGAUUGAAAACAAUACCAGAGCUUCCACCAUGUUCAUCUAAUAUCGAUGCAGUGUGUUGCAGCUCACUGGAGACAAUAUCACGUUGGACUUGGAGGACUCCAACUGCAAAAGAAGAAAGACGUUACGUUUAUAAUUUAGCCUUUGUCUGAAAUUGGAUAGCAACUCAGGCAACCCCGAAAUUGCUGAUCACAGGGGAACUUUGGUUGCUCAGGAUGUAGAUGUAAAAGGAAAAAGACAUUACAUUUAUAAUUUUAGCCGUUAUCUAAAAUUGGAUAACAACUCAAGCAACCAAGUGAAUUGUUGAUCGCACUAGAACUUUGAUUGCGCAGGAUCUGGAUGAUAUUUCAAAUCUUGAAACAGUGUAUCCAGGAGAUGAGAUUCCAGAGUGGUUCAGCCAUAAAACGGAUCGUGGGAACUCAUCCGAUAUCCAGCUUCCUCCAAAUUGGUUUAAUGUUAAUGACUCCCGCUUUGAUUUUAUCUUUUACAUUGUUUUGUGUAUAGUUGUUCUACAAAAGCUGAGACCCGAUUCAAAUUAAAUUUGAAAACCAACAACAUUAACAGUGAUGAUGACCGUGUUUAUAAUUAUGAUGGUUGUUGGUUGCCUCAUAUUGGAAGUAAAGAUGAAGAUCACGUCUUAAUUAGGUGCAAGGGGUCGGUUUGGAACGUGCAUUUGGGGCAAAGUGGUCCUUUAUUUGUAGCAACUUCACCUAAGUUUUCUAUCCGUGUGUUUAUCGAGGAAGAAGAUGUGAAAUGGGAGAUCAAAAAGUGUUGGUUUAAAUUGUUAAAUGGGCGGAGUGGAAGUAAAAGACGGUUGGAUGAGGAUCCUAACAUCAAACUCCAAGAAGAUAAAUUAAUUGAAAGUAAAUGAAAAUCAUACAUUCUAUUGGUAUAUUUAUUUGGCUUCUUUUUUUUGUUUGAGCUGCAUGGUUUAGAAGUCAUAAAAUUCCACUCUCAAAUAUUGAGCUGUCACUGAUUAUUCUUAAUCUUGGAACACGGCGGACAGUUAGUUUUGAAUUGGAUGAUUUAUUUAGAUUAAUCUGAUUAUGUGAAGUUCAUAGAAAAACUUCAGCAGACCAAACACAUUGAUGGCUCCUAUUUUAGUUUAGGAUUUUCAAGAGGAUAUGGAAAUGCAAAUUUAUGGAAUAUCUAUGUUAUUGUACAAGUAGAAAAUUCAUGUGCUGCUUUUGUUGUCAUUUUUGUUUUUGGCUAUUUUAAUGGAGUUGGGAGAACACAUAUUGCAUCUCAAUGCUUUCUUAUACUAUUUAAUGGCCAUAUAUACAUUUGUUCUAGUUUUUGCUGU